AUGGCGGCGAAAGUGCUGGAAGCUGUAAUAAAUAAUAAUUUAUCUGUAGAUAAUGUUUUAGAAUGGUUAUCAAAAAAUUAUAGUAUUAAUAAAAUUGAAAAUGUUAGUAGUAAACAAUAUGAUUUUGAAUGUACUCCUAUUGAAUUUGUAUCUAACUUUUUAAUGUUUUUAAGAGAACAAACAUCUAGAAAUUUUGAAAUUUACGAUGCAGAAACUCCGAAAAAAAGUUCCUACACAAGAGUUCAUAAAAAUAUAAAAUCAUUUGAAGAGCAAAGUUUAGAUAGUAAAUCAUCACUGGGUUCUUCAUUUUAUUUUAAUUGUUCAGAUGUUGACUCUUUAAAAUCUUUUCCUGCCUUAUUAUCUUGCUCAUCUAAUAAAUUAGAAAAAUUUGAAAGCAGAAUAAAAAAUAGUGACAACAGUAGUAAUAAAAUCAAUUUGGAAAAAACAUCUAGAAGAGUCAAAUUAUUUUCAGAUUUAGAGAAUAGCGACAAAAAAAGCGAAUUAGACGAUCAUGAUUUAAAAUUAUUCGAUAAUUUUUAUAUAGAUUGCAAAAAUAAUUUUGCAUCAUCUACUCCCAAAACAUUAAAGUCACAUUCUAGUUCUGUCGCAAGUAAUUUAGGUGCUGGAGAAUUAACAAAAAGCUCUGUCGUCGAAUCAUUAAGUGAAAGAAUGUCUACAAACUCUUUUAAUUCCAUAACUGAAAUUUCAUCUUCUAAAAGCGUGUCAAUUAGUGAUGAUUCUUCUUUUAAAAAUAAAGACAAUAAAAUGAAUAGCAAAAUAACUUUAGGAGAUUUUAUGGUAAACGAUUUGAGUAUUGGUGAUAAUAAAAGGGAUAAAAAAGGUAAAUAUAAAAAGAGAAUUCAAACCAUUAAAUUGAAUAGUGUCAGCAAUAGGAGUGCAAUUCAUGAUAAAUUUGAAAACUCUAUUGAUAAUUUACCGAGGAGUUCAAUUUUCAAGACUGAUAGUAAUAAUUUAAACGAUGUUCAAGUAGAAGAAUUAUCGCAAAUGAAUUCUAAAAUUACUAAUACAAGUUUGGAAUCAUCGAAUAAUAAUAAUAAUAAAGAGCCUAAUAUGAAAAAGGUCACUUUUGUCAAUCAAUUAAAAAUUUUAUCUAAAUUAUAUUCUUUUUUAAUAAGCGAAAAUUUUUGUCAAAAUAUUUUAAUGGAAUUUUGUUUUAUAAUAAGUUUGUUAUUAAUACAAAAUCAUGACAAAAAAAAUCCAGGAACGGGAUUGGAAAUUAAUGAAAACAAAAAAUAUUUUGGGAGCGUUCACAAUUGUGUUUUUUUCGCCGUUGAAACUUUAUGGCAUCAGAGGCAUAAUUUACAAUUUUUAAAUUUACCUGCUUUAAAGCUUUUGUCCGAAAAUGAUAGAAUAACCGAGUUUAAUAUUGAAUUAAACGAAUAUGUGAAAAAAACUUAUUUGCAAAAACAAAACAGUGACGAAUCGAAAAAAUGUCUUCAUCAAUUCAAAACCGAAAAUGAGGGCAAGUUGUUUUUAAAUUUAAUUAUAUUGUGUAUUCAAAUGAAAUUUUAUUUUUCGAGAAAUGUAUCAUUUCAAUACGAAACGGACAAUCGUGAAAAUUUCACAUGCGAUUCGAGUUUUCACGCUUUUCGCAAACAAAGAGAUUUAUUUUAUAAUAUAUUGGCCAUUUGGGAAGCGAAUCAUUUAACUCCCGGAUGGAUAUUUUCCGUUGGUUUGGGUUCGAAAAUUCGAUCACUUUUAGGAAUCAGUUCGGAUCCCAUCAAUUUAUUACAUUUCGCACGGUUAUUCCGUAAUCAAUUGAUAACGUCUUGCUGCGGAGAAAAUCAGGGAAAGGAAAACAUGAACGAAAAAAUAUUUCAACUUCUUCCCACUGCGGAUCCAAAUAAAAUAAUUCGGUUAAGAGCUCGACUCGUGGGUUCGUCAAAAAGGCAGGGACCUUGUCCGGUACCUGAUUUUCCCGGAUAUUUACAAUGUACAAACAUUUUGAGAUUACUGGCAAAAUUUUUAGGUUUUUUAGAAUUUAUGCCGUAUUUCGGUGAAAAAAUUUAUUCAGACAAAAUAUUGAGCAUACAUUGUUCAGUGAGACAUAACACGUUACCACUUUUCGACAUAAACGAAUGUUUGGAGUGUGCCGUGAAAAAGGGAAAAUUAACAUUGACCAUUCCGUGGAUCGUUAGUUAUUUAUCAAUGAUCGAUUAUUAUUCGGCACAUUUACAAAUAUAUCGUAAAAUAUGGAAAUUAUUAAUAGUAAUAUAUAAAAAUGUAAACGAAUUUAAUAAUAAGAGAAAUAGUUUUUAUUUGAAAAUAAUAUUAGGGUACAUAUUUCAAAAUCCAAAUUUUCCACCAGAAUUAUUUUAUAACAUAUUAAACGAUAUAUCGAAAGAUGUAUUAAAUUCAUUUAUAACUAAAAUGGAAGACGUUUCGAAGGGAUUAGAUUCAUACGAUUUUGUACACGAAAAUAUUCUUUACGCGGUUUGCCCUUAUUUGAAUGAAAUAAAUGUCAUACUGAGUGAAAAUUUGGGUUGUAAUGUGAGACAUGUAAAACCUGUGACAACUCAAGAGAAAAGUUUUUCAAAAUCACAACAAAUAUCAAAACAAUUAGAGCUUCGUUUGGAGAGUAGUUUUUUACACAAUCAAUCAUCUUCGACAAGGAAAACAAUUGAAUUUGUCACGGAAAGAAUAGCAUCGAUAGCCAUUAAAGAAAUGAUACAUAAUAUAAUUCCAAAAAUAAAAAAAGAAGCAUGGAUGGAACUUGAUAAUUUACCACUGAUAAAAUCGAAUGAAAUAGAAUCGACGGCUGAUAAUUUAUCGAAAACUUAUUAUAAAAAAUUACAAACCGUGUGUAGGGAAAAAAAUUGGACGACGAGUUUAAUACGUUCGGAAAAUUCAAUAAAAUCAUUAUUGAGUAACGAUUUACAACCUUCGGUAAUCGAAACAUGUUUUAAAAUAACGUGUCGUCAAGCAAUGGAAAAAAUCGAUAAAUGGAUGCAAAAGUCUUCUGAUAUCAUAACACAAGAUUCAAUUGAUGAUGAUAAGGGUCAAUCUAAUAAUAAUAAUAAUAAAUAUCAUUUAUGUUACGUAACGGAAACGGUUGGUACGAAUGAUGAUGAUGGCGGCGAUGGCGAUGGCGAUGGCGGUGAUUCCGUACCUGCUUCACAAAUAUUAUGUGCCAUUAAAGAAUUAUCGUGUAAAGUUUACGAAAAAAAAAAUUGUUUCAUCGAAGUUGAAUGUUUAAUUGAAGAAGCAACGAAAACGUUAAAAUUUAGAAAAGAUGUUGUUCCGGUUGCAAAAAACGAUGACGUCAAGCAAUAUUUAAAUUUUAUAUUGGAAAUAUUCGAAACAUAUUCGAAAAAAAAUGGUUGUGAUAAAUUUACACUCCUUUUAGAAUACAUGAUUGAAACGCUUAACGAUAACGAUUACAUAUCGGAUGAACUCGCAUGA